ACCAAUAUUUAAGCAAAAGAAAAGACAUUGGCAAGCCAAAGUAUGCACUGUAAGAAGCAGAGCCAAGGUUGUAUGUGAAAGACUCUGAUGUGAGGCAUGAGAAUGAGAUCAUUAGCAUUUGUUGUGAUUCUGCUCCUUCUUUCACCCACCAUUGUCAAAUCUCUCUCCCUCCCUCAUACUCCAUCUCCAUCUCCAUCUCCAUCUCCAUCUCCUCCUUCCACAUCAUCCUCAUCCACUUUGGACCCAAAACAAGCAACAGCCCUUGAAUCCCUCAACUUCCCCACCUCAAAGGACCCCUGCGCCAAGCCCUCCUUCCACAAUGCCACCCUCUGCGACGCCGCCAAGCCCUUCCGCCACCUCAUCUCCCUCCGCCUCGCCAACUGCUCCUCCUACCUCUCCCUCUCCUUCACUGCCCUCAAGUCCCUCUCCACCCUCCGCUCCCUCUCCCUCCUCAACUGCCCCGUCACCCCCAUCCGCCUCCCCGCCGACCUCGCCCUCUCCCUCACCUCCUUCACCUGCGUCAACAGCCUCCGCAAACUCUCCGGCGUCUGGCUCUCCAACCUCCAGAACCUCACCGACCUCACCGUCUCCGACGUCAACGUCAAAGCCUCCGGCCCCUUCGUCAUCCUCGCCCGCAUGACCAAGCUCCAAACCCUCACCAUCUCCAACGCCAAUCUCACCGGAUCCCUCCCCGGCCACCUCCACUCCAACCUCACACACAUCGAUUUCUCCAAUAACCGCCUCAAAGGCAACAUUCCUCCUUCCAUAACUAUGCUCGACAGCCUCCAGUUUUUGAAUCUCUCCUCUAACUCCCUCGCCGGAGAAAUACCUGCUUCCAUCGGUGACCUAAUUUCACUCAAAAACCUCUCCCUCUCCUCCAACUCCUUCUCCGGUUCCAUUCCUGAUUCCGUAUCUGCUUUACCGAGUUUGAUUCACAUGGAUCUGAGCUCUAACCAGCUCAACGGCACCAUACCCAAGUUCAUUUCACAGAUGAAGUCUCUUAAGCACCUGAAUCUCGCCAACAACAACCUCCACGGGGUUGUGCCUUUUAACCUCUCUUUCAUUAAGCGAUUAGAAGUGUUCAAGGUUGGUGGCAACAGUAAUCUUUGCUAUAACCAUUCCAUGGUGUCUUCCAAGUUGAAGCUUGGGAUCUCGCCCUGUGAUAAGUUCGGAAUGCCGGUCACUCCGCCGUCGAAGGAUUCUUCUGCCGAUGAUAGCAGCGACGAUGAUUACGAUGAGGGUGAUGAGGAAGGGAGUAGGCACAAGAAGGAGCAUCAUCAUGGACCUAACAAGUUUGUUCUUGGUGUCGCCAUUGCGCUCUCUUCUAUUGUCUUUCUCAUUGUUUUCUUGAUCCUCUGCUCCAAAUGUUGUCGUUAAUUAGAGGAAAUUUUUGAUUUUUGGUUUUGGGUUUUUACAGAUUUUUAGAUUAGGAAUAUUCAUAAAUUCAGUUGAGUGCAACUUGUUUGAUAUAUUUAUUUAUCAUUAUUAAUUAAUUAAUUAAUUAUUAUACAGUAGUGGUUACAUUACUACAGGGUAGGUUCAAGGAAAGGAAACAUAAUGAAAAUGUAACUGCCGAAAAAAAAGGAAAUUGUUAUUUACAUUUUGGUGGGGAUGUAUGGAAAAAUGAGGAAGGAGAGACAUUAAUCAAUAGCAUGUGCAGUGCAAUGAGUUUAUCAUGGGAUGCUAGAUGCUAGGUUUUUAUUUUGACACCGUUUUAUUCGUUGUUUGGAGUAAAAGGUGGAGGUGGUGCAUGUGAAUGUGGUAUCUUCAAGUUUUAUGUUACUUGUGCUAUAAGCGUUUGUUGUUCAUAACGUGCUCUCUCUGCUGACUUUCAUAA